UCGCCAAGGGACCUAGCCCGCGCUGCGUACCCGGCAGCAGGUUAGCCAUGGCGAUGGGUGGCGGCGGCGGCAGCAGCAGUGGCGUCCCAGAGCCGGAAGACUCGGUGCUGUUCCGGCGCGGCACAGGCCAGAGUGAUGAUUCUGACAUUUGGGAUGAUACAGCAUUGAUAAAAGCUUAUGAUAAAGCUGUGGCUUCAUUUAAGCACGCUCUAAAGAACGGUGACAUUUCCGAAGUUUCAGAAAAACCAAAAGGCACACCUAAAAGAAAACCUGCUAAGAAGAAUAAAAGCCAAAGAAAGAAUACCACAGCUCCCUUGAAGCAGUGGAAAGUUGGUGACAAAUGUGCUGCCAUUUGGUCAGAAGAUGGCUGUGUUUACCCAGCUACCAUUGCCUCGAUUGACUUUAAGAGAGAAACCUGUGUUGUCAUUUACACUGGAUAUGGAAAUAGAGAGGAGCAAAAUCUGUCUGAUCUACUUUCCACAACCUCUGAAGUAGCUAAUAAUAUAGAACAGAAUGCUCGGGAGAAUGAAAAUGAAAGUCAAAUUUCAACAGAUGAAAGCGAGAACUCCUCCAGAUCUCCUGUAAAUAAACCAAAUAGCAUCAAGUCAAACGCUGCUCCAUGGAACUCUUUUCUCCCUCCACCACCCCAUAUGCCAGGAUCAGGUCUGGGACCAGGAAAGCCAGGUCUAAAAUUCAGUGGCCCGCCGCCGCCGCCACCCUUCCCGUCAUGCUGGCUGCCUCCAUUUCCUUCUGGACCACCAAUAAUUCCCCCACCACCUCCCAUAUGUCCAGAUUCUCUGGAUGAUGCUGAUGCUUUGGGAAGUAUGUUAAUCUCUUGGUACAUGAGUGGUUAUCAUACUGGUUACUAUAUGGGUUUCAAACAAAGUCAAAAAGAAAGAAGGUGCUCGCAUUUCAAUUAAGGAGUAAUUCGUAUAGUGUUUUAUAAUAGACUUUUUAUCUUUCAGAUUCAGUGCAGCUCUCUCCCAAGGAGGAUGGUAUAUUGAUGUGCCCUGGUCAAUGUGAACAGAAGUUUCAUCAUUUUCUUCACAAACACUUGGAUGGGUGCAUGUCAUCUUCAUCUCCCCUUGUUGCAUGUGACUCAUGCUUAAAUAACCAGUUAGCUAUUUUGAGGGAAUAAUCAGUUUGAAUAACUGAACAAUGGAAAUAUGAGUGAUUAAAAGAAAUUCAAGGUCACACACAGUGCAGAAAGUCAAUCUGUCAGAAUCACAACUGAACCCAUUUGUAUAUUGUAACUUUCUUAGUAAGUAUGUUAAGAUUUUUAUUA